CUGUCAGCAAAAACACUAUUGGUAAGCCAACCAAGGUCUCCUUAUAUCGGGGAACCGCAGCUAAGAAGUCCCCAAUAACUGUCCCCAAUUCCUAGACCUUACGACUAAACCACCACAAUGCCUCCCUUAACCUUCCACGACGUUGCACUGCAACCUGUGCUCUUCGGCCUCAAAAACGCCCGAGCUUUCAUUUCAAAAGCUCACGACCAUACCCAGACCGCCGGUAUCGACCCCACGGUCUAUCUAUCGGCACGCUUGCACCCGAAUAUGCUGGACUUCACGACCCAGGUCUGCCUCUUUACUCAUCACGCGGCAAUUAUCCCCACGCAUCUCAACCCGGGAUAUAAGAAGUUAGAGUUGCGAGAGGAGGAGACAGGGUUCUCAGGGCUGCUCGAGCGGAUUGAAAAGGUGAUUAGUUAUCUUGAGAGCAUAGAAGCGGUGACACUCGAAGGUAGGGAGGAUGAGGAGGUUGAAUUGAAAUUGAGAAAGGUCAAGCUCGAGGUGGCAUAUGGGGGGUCAGAGUAUGUAAUGGAGUACGCACAUCCGAACUUCUGGUUUCAUUUGACGACUGCGUACAAUAUCCUCAGGAUGAAGGGAAUGGAGGUGGGAAAGUUGGAUUUCCUCAAUGGGACGGGGUUGAGGACGUUCAAGGUUCUCGGAUGAAAGGGAUGAUGAAGCGUGAUAGAUAGAAUCGAUCAUUGAAAGGAAAAUCCGUUAUGAGUUUGUUACCCUCCUGUUCAACUCCACCUCUAGCUCCUCCUUUUCUUCGAUUGUCAAAUCGCUCUUCGCUUUCCCGAUCUUGACACCUAGAAACAUGGCGAUCAACCCCGCUCCGGCGAGCGCCGUCGCCAUCCAGAAGGCAACCUUGUAACUUUCCCUCUGUCCCCGACCCUC